CUCUUCUGUGAUUGGCAAAGGAGGCUUCCGUCAGUUACGAAAGCACAGAUUUCCACCAAUCAGAUUCUUCACCGGCAUUUGUGGUUCAGCCCAUUGGUGUGUACAUUAGCCAAUCAUCUUCGUCCGUGGACGGAGCGUUCAGUUUUCACCUGCCGUCACAAACACAGGGAAGUCAAUGUCGGGCUGCCUCCAACAUUUAAUUUCUCCGACUGUCGCUGACAUUUAAGAAGAAAACAAUUUUCCGGAAAGGAUCCCUGUAAACUGGCAGAGUUUCCUCCCCUGUUUAUUUACUAGAACUACUAUAAGAACCUGCCUUUGGAGGCGCUGACGGAGCAGAAGUCACCGGCUCAAAGAGAAACAGUAUUCCAGAAGCUUUAAAAGAUUCAAGAAUGACAAAACCGAGAGGAUGUUGAAAAGUAGCAAAUACCUUCAGCCUUAAUUUGAAAAGGGACGCAUAUCCUGGUCGUACCUGAAAGCGAUGGGGUUUUUCCGUCAACUCUAUCUCCUGCUCUGGAAAAACAUCACAUACCGCCGAAGACACAAGAUUCAACUGAUCAUUGAGAUAGCCUGGCCACUCUUCCUGUUUCUCAUCCUCAUCGCUGUUCGUCAGUCACAUCCCCCUUACAAACAAGGACAAUGUCAUUUCCCGAACAAAGCCUUGCCGUCAGCUGGCACGCUGCCCUGGAUUCAAAGCAUCGUCUGCAACGUCAACAACCCCUGCUUCCACAACCCCACGCCGGGGGAGACACCAGGCAUAGCUGGAAACUUCAACAACUCCCUAUUGUCUCGUGUGUUCAUGGACGCUCAAGCUCUCCUGUUGGGCCGUGGAAAUCUGACGUACACUGCCUUUCAGGACCUGAUGGAGAGUGUUCGGCUACUCGGAAGAAGAUUUGAGUCAACGCCAACUGUCCCGCUCAAAGACUCCCUGAAAGCCAAUGAGACCGUUUCCACCUUUCUGCUCACCAAUGCCAGCUUACCGUCUGAAACUGUGGAUCAGCUGAUGAACGCUCAUCUUAAUAUACAGGUUGCUCGGACUGCAUCCCAGAUGCCUCUUAAGGAUGUCGUGUGCAAUAGUAGCUUGCUAGAGAAAAUGCUUAUUGUAGAAGGAGGAGCGGCCAACAAGACUGAUCUUCAAACUCAGCUGUGCGACCUCCCGGCUGAAGUCCUGAAGGAGGCUGAGAGCCUUUUCUUCAGCCAGAUUGACUUGACCAAAUUUAUAGCGAGAGAACUUGUCGUGUCCAAUGCUGAAGAUCUUCGAGUCAUGAGUCAGGCGAUCAGCACCAUUUCCCAGGAUCUGACUGUACUCACAGAUGGCAUCUCCUCCCUGUCCAGUUUUACGGAGAUCAGUGUUGCUCUUAGUCUUCUCACUCCUGAAAGCAGCGCAGCUGAAGGAGAACGUUUCAAAGCUUUUUCAAAGAUCAUGUGUGGUCAACCGGACACUGGCGGUGAGCGUAUCCCGUCGUUUAACUGGUAUGAAGACCACGACUUCAAGUCUUUGUUGGGUAAAGACGCAUCAGAGGAUGCAAAUCUGGGCAUUUCUAACACCACAACUCCUUUCUGCAAGAGUCUGAUUCACCAGUUGGAGUCGGACCCUCGCUCUCGGAUCGUGUGGCGAGGAAUCAAACCGCUGUUUGUAGGAAAACUGCUGUACGCACCUGACACUCCUGCAGUGAAAGCCGUCAUGAAAGAGGUGAACAAAACGUUUGCGGACCUUGAAGUUCUGCAGGAGGUGGAUGAAGCCUGGAUGGAGGUGGGACCUCAAAUCAAGAACUACAUGGAAACGAGUUCAGACAUUCGUCUUCUACAGGAUUUGUUGAAGCGUCCAGAGGUGGCGGUAUUGGUGAACAUGCGUCUGGAAAACACACCGUGGACGGCCUCUCAGAUCGCUCAUUUCUUGUCUACGCCCUCACCAAACGCUGAAAGAAAACCAGGUUCACCAAUGACCUGGCUGGACCUCUACAAUGACCUCAGCCAUGUGACCAACACUGUGGCACAAGUCACUAAGUGCAUCUCCCUGGAUAAGUUGGAGGGGUUUGAGUCUGAGGAAAAGCUGAUCAACAGAGCUCUGGAGCUGUUAGACGACCGGCAGUUUUGGGGAGGUGUCUUUUUCCUGCUGCCUAAUUCCUCCACAACCCAGUUACCGCCGCAUGUCUCCUACAAGAUCCGGAUGGACAUUGAUAGUGUGGCUCGGACCAACAAGAUCAAGGACAACUUUUGGGAUCCUGGCCCAGCUGCUGAACCAUUUAGUGACCUGCGCUACAUUUGGGGUGGAUUUGUCUACAUUCAGGAUCUGGUGGAGAGAGCUCUGAACCAGGUGUUGACUGGAAUAAAGCAAACGACGGGCAUCUACAUCCAGCAGAUGCCCUACCCCUGUUUUGUGGAUGAUGUGUUUUUACGGGUGCUGAACCGCUCACUGCCACUCUUCAUGACCCUGGCCUGGAUCUACACAGUGGCUAUGAUCACCAAAUCUAUUGUGUAUGAGAAGGAAGCCAGGCUGAAGGAAACCAUGAGGAUUAUGGGUCUGAGUACAGGAACGCUGUGGUUCAGCUGGUUCAUCAGUAGUCUGAUUCCUUUCUCAAUUUCUGCAGCACUCCUCAUUGCUCUGCUCAAGUUCGGUAACAUACUGCCAUAUAGCGAUCCAACUGUGGUCUUCUUUUUCCUCAUGGCGUUUGCCACUGCAACCAUCAUGCAAUGCUUUCUAAUUAGCACGUUCUUCAGCAAGGCCAACCUGGCCUCUGCCUGCGGAGGACUCCUCUACUUCGGCCUCUACCUGCCUUACGUGCUCUUCACCGCCUGGAGGGACCACCUCAACUACACACACCGAAUAUUAGCAAGUUUCCUGUCCCCCGUGGCCUUUGGCUUUGGCUGUGAAUAUUUCUCACAGUAUGAGGAGCAGGGUCUGGGUAUCCAGUGGUUUAACCUGCAGAGCAGCCCCGUGGAAGGAGACUCGUACAGCUUCACCACCUCUAUAAUCAUGCUCUACGUGGAUGCUUUUAUCUAUGCGCUCGCAGCCUGGUACAUCGAAGCAGUUUUCCCUGGUGAGUAUGGGAUCCCCAGGCCCUGGUACUUCAUCUUUCAGCUCAACUACUGGGGGGGUGUUCCUCUUGAAGCCGGCAUGCCAAUCCCACCAGCGCCCACAGACCAGGAUGAAGAUAACAUUGAGACAGAACCCAGUAGUAUGCCUCUGGGUGUGAACAUCAGAAAUCUGGUGAAAAUCUACAAAAAGGGAGGAAAACUUGCUGUCAACCACCUGAACCUGAAGUUCUUUGAAGGCCAGAUCACAUCUUUUCUUGGUCACAAUGGAGCGGGGAAAACCACCACCAUCUCUGUCCUGACUGGCCUCUUCCCGCCCACCUCUGGGACUGUGUACAUCAAGGGCCUGGACAUCCGCUACGACAUGGACAUCAUCAGGAACACGCUGGGAGUUUGUCCUCAGCACAAUGUCCUGUUUGACAUACUCACGGUGGAGGAGCACGUCUGGUUUUACGGAUGUCUGAAGGGUUUGUCUGAGGAAAAGGUGAAGGCUGAACUUGACACUUUGCUGGAGGACGUCGGCCUGUUGCACAAGCGGCACGAGCAAACCAGAAACCUCUCUGGUGGCAUGCAGAGGAAGUUGUCGGUGGCGAUAGCGUUUGUCGGAGGCUCCAAAGUGGUCGUUCUGGACGAGCCCACAGCUGGUGUUGAUCCAUAUUCCCGUCGAGGGAUCUGGGAUCUGCUGCUCAAAUACCGCAAAGACCGGACCAUCAUCUUGUCCACGCACUACAUGGACGAGGCGGAGCUGCUGGGGGAUCGGAUCGCCAUCAUUUCCAAGGGGAAGCUGUGCUGCUGCGGAUCACCGCUCUUCCUCAAGUCCCAGCUGGGCUCUGGCUACUACCUGACUGUUGUGAAGAAGGAGGAAACCAACCCCAGCACUCCCAGCGGCUCGAGUUUCUCCACCAGCACCAACUCCAUCACCAACAAGCUGCCUCUCGCCAAGGACUCUGAAUCUUCUCUGAGUGAAGACACCGGGCUGGGAAGUGACGAGAGCAGCUCAUAUCUCGCAGCGUUGCUUGCUCUGGUGCAGCAGCACAUACCCAACGCGAGUCUAGUGGAGGAGUCCAGGCGAGAGGCGGUGAUCAACCUGCCGCAGAAAGCCGCUAAAGACGGCAGCCUGGCGAUCCUCUUAUCCAAACUGGACCAGCGGCUUCCUGACUUGGGCAUCAGCAGCUACGGUCUGUCGGACAGCACGCUGGAGGAGAUCUUUUUGCGAGUUGCUGAAGAAACCGGCGUGGACGCGGAACCGGAGCAGCAGGAAGAAUCUCCACGCAGCCAGCAGCCGUCCGGGCAGAGAGCGGAGGAGCAGCCGACCGAGCAACCUGAGCCAGGAAAGAAAAGACUCCGUAAAAAAGAGCCUUUAGAAACGGACCUGUUGAGUGGAGACGGUAGAGGAGGGGAGCCUCUGUCAGGAUCCUGGCUGAUGUGGCAACAACUGAAAGCUCUCUUCAUCAAGCGCUGGCUCUACGCUCUCAGGAGCCGCAGAGGAUUCUUCGCUCAGAUUGUUCUUCCUGCUCUGUUUGUCCUGGUCGCCUUGCUCUUCAGCCUCAUUGUUCCACCUUUUGGGAGGUACCCUUCUGUUGAGUUACAGCCCUGGAUGUACGGAAAGCAGUACACAUUCUUUAGCAACGAUGCUCCUGGAAACCCGGCCAUGGAGAACCUGCUGGAGGCUUUGCUGGACCAGCCGGGCUUUGGUACCAAGUGCAUGGAAAAGGAGGAGGAGAACAAAACGACCUGUGAAGUCGAGCGAGGCGGUCGGUUCACGAGACCCCAGGUGUCGUUUUCCAUGUGGCAGAUGUUCAGCAAAGGAAACUGGAGCAAAGAAAGACCCUCGCCUGAAUGUCAGUGCAGCUCGGAGGAAGUCUAUCGGAUGCUCCCCGAGUGUCCAGAGGGUGCAGGGGGGCUUCCACCUCCACAGAUAAAGAGAGCAACUGGAGACAUCCUCCAAAAUCUAACGAGUUAUAAUGUCUCUGAUUACCUGGUAAAGACGUACGCUCAAAUUCUGAGGAAAAGCCUUAAAACGAAGAAGUUGGUGAAUGAAUUCAGAUAUGGAGGCUUCUCUCUCGGCGGAAAAGUUACACAAACUGACGUGGAUGUUGACCACGUUGAAGAAUCUGUGUCGACUUUCAGGAGACGUUACCAAGUAACGCAGAACGGCUCGCUUGACAACCUGCUAAACAAACUGCCAGCGUUUCUGGAAGGACUGCACAGUAAAGACAACGUCAAGGUGUGGUUCAACAAUAAAGGCUGGCACUCCAUGGUGUCUUUUGUCAACAUCAUGAACAACGGCCUUUUGAGAGCCAGCUUACCACCAGGCCCAGAGAGGAGGACGCAUGGCAUCAGCGCCUAUAACCACCCGAUCAACCUCACCAAGGAUCAGCUCACCGAAGUGGCCCUGAUGGCUACAUCAGUGGACGUAUUGAUCUCCAUCUGCGUCAUCUUCGCCAUGUCCUUUGUGCCGGCCAGCUUUGUCCUGUUUCUGAUCGAGGAGCGAGCCAGUAAAGCCAAACAUCUGCAGUUCGUCAGUGGCGUCAAGCCGGUCCUCUACUGGGUGACAAACUAUGUGUGGGACAUGCUGAACUAUGCCGUCCCGGCUGCCAUGGUGGUGCUGAUCUUCAUCUGUUUCCAGCAGAAGUCGUACGUCUCUGAACAAAACUUGCCCGCUCUCAUCCUGCUGCUCCUGCUCUAUGGGUGGUCCAUAACUCCCCUGAUGUACCCAGCAUCCUUUGUGUUCACCGUUCCGAGCACAGCUUACGUGAUUCUCACCUCCAUCAACCUCUUCAUCGGCAUCAACUGCAGCAUGGCCACCUUUGUUCUGGAGCUGUUUGUAGAUGAGAAUCUGAAUGCAAUCAACAAAAUAUUGAAGAAAGUGUUUUUAAUUUUCCCUCACUUCUGCUUGGGACGAGGCCUUAUCGACAUGGCUAAAAACCAGGCCAUGGCAGACGCCUUCCACAGACUGGGUACCAGACCAGUUCUGGAUCCUUUUCAGUGGGACUUUGUGGGAAAGAACCUCUUUUCUAUGGCAGCUUCAGGCGUCGUCUACUUCAUCUUCACCAUCCUGCUGCAGUACAAGUUCUUCAUUCACCUCAAGAGAUUGAUACCGUGCUGGGGGGAGCCUCAGCUGCCUCCUAUUGGUCCAGAGGACGAGGAUGUGGCGAGGGAGCGAGCGAGGAUCAUGAGUGGAAAAUUUCAGUCAGAUAUCCUCACCAUGAUCGACCUGAGCAAGGUGUAUAAAGUCGGUAAAAAUCCGGCUGUGAAUCGUCUUUGCCUGGGGAUUCCUCCCGGUGAGUGUUUUGGCCUGCUGGGGGUAAACGGAGCAGGAAAGACGUCCACGUUCCGCAUGCUGACCGGAGACACGCCCAUCACACACGGAGAGGCGUUCCUGGACCGUCACAGUGUGUUAACAGAGAUGGGCCGAGUCCACCAGCUGAUGGGUUACUGUCCACAGUUUGAUGCCAUCAGUGACCUGCUGACGGGUCGGGAACAUCUGGAGCUUUACGCUCGCCUGCGAGGAGUGCCAGAGGAGUCUGUUUCAAAGGUGGUGCAGUGGGGGGUAAGAAAGCUGGGGCUGACUCAGUACGCAGAGCAGAAGGCUGGAGGCUACAGCGGAGGAAACAAGAGGAAACUCUCCACCGCCAUCUCGCUCAUCGGAGCUCCGCCUGUUAUCUUCUUGGAUGAGCCCACCACCGGCAUGGACCCAAAAGCCAAAAGGUUUUUAUGGAAUUGCAUCCAUAGUGUCACCAAAGAAGGCAAAGCUGUAGUGCUCACUUCACACAGUAUGGAGGAGUGUGAAGCUCUCUGCACCAGGAUGGCCAUAAUGGUUAACGGGCGCUUUCAGUGUCUGGGGUCUGUGCAGCACCUGAAGAACAGGUUUGGGGAUGGAUACACCAUCAUCCUGCGCUUGGCGGACAGCGACUCGUGCUCUGUGAAUGAGUACAUGACCAAAUCCUUUCCAAACAUCGAGUUGAAGGAGCAGCACCAGAAUGUCCUGCAGUACCACCUGCCCUCACACGCCUGCUGCCUGGCUCUGGUCUUUGACGUGCUGGCCAAUAACAGCGAGGAGCUGGGCGUCACAGACUUCUCGGUCUCACAGACCACGUUGGACCAGGUGUUCAUCAGCUUCGCUAAAGAUCAAACGGAUGACUGCCUCACAGACGUGAUCAUCAGCAACGGCCUGGCUCAGUCAAACUUCCCCGCUCGACUCGCCUCCCCCGCUGUCCAGCCACAGCCACCCGUCACUCCCCCGCCGCAGAGGAAAUCCCCCCUCCUGUCCGAGAAGUCGCCCCAGAUCAAUUCCACGUCCGGCAAAGCAAAGAGGACCGGCAGCAGCAGCAAGUCUAGCAAAGAAAAGAGCGGGGGCAUCGGCAUGAGCAGGUUAACGCAGAAGAUGGGCAGCGGCGGCUCCAACAGCAGCAGCGGCGGCAGCAGCAGCAACGCUCAGGGAGAAUCCAGUAAAUCUCACGGGUCCAAAAGGAACUCCAGUAAAGAUCCGUCUGAGCUGUUUAUAGUCAGUAACAGCUCACAGGACAGCUCAUUGUAAGACCAAAUACAGGAGAAGUUUCACUCCGUUUAUGAAACGAUAAAAUCAGGUGGUUAACCCUUUAACACCAAAAUCUUCAACAUACUGUAACACGAUAAUUCCAGUAGAUUUUGAAGGAGAAAAGCGGCGUGGAAUUAUCGUGUUAACGGUUGAAAAGUUACAGUAAAUCAAAGAACAUAAACAUUGGAGCUCUAGUGUUAAAGGGUUAAAAAAAGAAAUGGUUACGAUAAAAUUUUAUUACAAAAAAAAACAUAUUAUGGUGCCUUGUUCACCUCCUUUACAUAUCUAUCUUUUAAAUCUCAAACUGUUACUGAUGAUAUUUAUUCUGUAAGAAUGCUAUGCAGGUUUUGGGUGAUCUCUUUAUUCUCCAGAGUGCACUUUAAGUAAGAAAAUGCUUAAAAGAUGAAGCUAAAUGUGUUAGAAAAACGAUGUUAUAAAGGCAUUUGAAGUAUUGUUACAGAACAGUUUACAAUUUCAUUUACCUCUUUAAAACAACUGUUUUUAUAAAAUUUGUAUGUUAUGUCUGUUUGUUUGUGAGGGUUUAUUCAGUAGUCAGUUUUUUUGUUAUUUAUCUUUUUUUUUUUUUUAAUCUUCCUUUAUGUUUUUGUAGUUAAAACUAAGGAUUCAGCAAUUCAACCUUGAUUUUUUUUUGGUCAGUUCCAUAUGUUAUUUGUGUUUAAAAAAAGCAACAUAAACAAAAAAAUUUAAAAAAGAUAUUUAUAUUUUUUAAUUUUCUAUUAGGCAAGUAAGAAUUUUCAGUGUCUACUGAAUAAUACAUUCUUUUUUGGGGCACUUUCAAUGUAAACAUGCUGGCAUCCCUAAUUUAAUUCACCUAGCAAGGCUCCCUUCAGUCUUUUUAAACCUUUAUUUUUAUUUAAGUACUGAAUAAGAUUCAAAUUGGUGCAACUCGUUGUAAAGAAUUGCAUGUCAAGCUCCUUGAAUUACGUCAAAGAAAUAAGAAUGACCUGUCAAAGUAAAAAAAAAAAAUGCCUUUUUCUUUUUUUUGGAGGGGGUUGACAAUUUACCAAAAAAUAAGUGACACAUUUGACUGGUGAAUGUUAAAAACUGCACUGUGAUGUACUGGCACUUGUUUAAAGAUUGUUGCAAUAGUAGCUAUGGAUACGGCUUGAAAUCAAGAGAAAAAAAGAGUUUUUAAAGUAUGCACACCUCAUAAUCAAAUGCCUUCAUUGGCUAAGAGCUGAUUCUUCUGCACUUUAUUAUGUUCGAUGACUUUUAAAAGAGUAAAAACUGGAUUUAUGUGUAGAAAGGAAGUAAAACACUUCAAUCUGAGAUGAAUUAAAUGAACUUCAUGACAAGUACUGUCUCUACUAGAGCUAUUUUAUCUUUAUUUGUGCAUCCGUUGUCAAAUGUACACAAGAAAAAAUAAAAUAAAAUAUUUGGAUUCCUUUU